UUUCCCAUUUGAGCACGACAUUAUUAUAAAAAGGACGAGAAAAAAAUAUGAUGAUGAGGCUUCAUGGUUCAUCAUCCAUCAUUCAUCAUUCAUCAUUCGUCAUUCAGCAACAUACCCAUCAAUGGUCAUUAGCUAAAAUCAGCUAACCCAUUCAGAAAUCUGACACCACCGACUCACAUACAUAGUUAAAGCCCCAGCAGAGCAUUUAGCUCGGGGUUUUAAAAACAAAAAGACAAAAGACAAAAGAAAAAGAAAAAAAGAAGUGCUUCUGGGCUUUUUUUAUUAUUGAGGGUAUCAUCAAUGAAGAGCAAUAACGGGAAGAAAAUGAAAGUGGGUGGUUCAAAUUUCUUCGUGGAGGUAGCUCUGCUGUGUCUCAUUUUGUUUCCGAUCUAUGGCUUGGCUGAGAGGCCGCUACGGUUUGGGAAAGGUGGGAGCUUUAAGAUACUGCAAGUAGCGGAUAUGCAUUAUGGGGAUGGAAAGACCACGCCUUGUGAGGAUGUGUUUCCGUCCCAAAUGGCUACUUGCUCUGACCUCAACACCACUGCCUUUAUAAAACGCAUGAUUCUUGCUGAGAAGCCCGAUCUUAUUGUUUUCACGGGGGAUAAUAUCUUUGGGUACGAUGUCACAGAUGCAGCUAAGUCUUUGGAAGCUGCAUUUGCACCAGCAAUCGCAUCCAACAUCCCAUGGGCUGCAGUUUUGGGAAACCAUGAUCAGGAAUCUGCACUCUCAAGGGAAGGGGUAAUGAAACAUAUAGUUAAGUUAAAGAACACACUGUCUCUAGUUAAUCCUGUGGAAGUCCAUGUUAUUGAUGGUUUUGGAAACUAUAACCUGGAAGUUGGUGGAGUUAAGGGCUCUAGCUUUGAAAACAAGUCAGUUCUUAAUCUCUACUUCCUUGACAGUGGCGAUUACUCCACCAUUCCCUCCAUCCCUGGCUAUGGUUGGAUCAAACCUUCUCAACAAUUUUGGUUUGAACGCACUUCUAAAAGGCUUCAGAGAGCAUACAUGGCCAAGCCAGAGGCCCAAAAAGGACCUGCACCUGGGAUUGCAUACUUUCACAUCCCUUUGCCAGAAUUUUCAAGUUUUGACUCAACAAACUUCACUGGUGUGAAACAGGAAGGCAUUAGCUCUGCUUCUGUGAACUCUGGCUUCUUCACAACAAUGGUUUCUGCAGGAGAUGUGAAGGCUGUUUUCACCGGCCAUGAUCACCUCAACGACUUCUGCGGUGAACUAACGGGAAUACAACUCUGUUAUGCUGGGGGAUUUGGAUACCAUGCUUAUGGGAAGGCUGGAUGGGCAAGGAGAGCAAGAGUGGUGGUAGUGAAUUUGGAGAAAAUGGAAAAGGGUGGUUGGGGAGCAGUCAAGUCAAUCAAAACAUGGAAGCGCCUUGAUGAUCAGCAUCUCACUGCUAUUGAUGGUCACGUCCUUUGGAGCAAGAGUUCUGCUGGUACCCGUAGAAAGAAACAAAUCGGUGGCACAUGAGUAAUGGGCAUAUGAAAAACAAUUUUGAUAUACAAGCUUAUGGCUAAUAAAUUGGCUGAGGGAGAAAUUUAUCGAACUGGUUUGAUGGUAAUAUUUUCAAGAUUGUUGUACAAUAGCUUGUAAGAUUCUGUCUGCCCUGCGUCUCUUGAGAAUUACUGAAAAUUAUAGGGUGUAAUUUACAAGACGUGGAAAAUAAUGUUAUGAUGUAUUCAAAUGCCAUGUAAUUCAAAUUAUUGAAAAUUAUAGGAUGUAAUUUACAAGACAUGGAAAAUAAUGUUAUGAAGUAUUCAAUGCCAUGUAAUUCUGUGUUUGAAAA